AUGGACCGGCUUAAGCCUAAAAGGGCAGCACGGCGUGCACAAAUUACUCGACUCGUGAACGAGGUCACGGAUCUUCGGCAGGACGUCGGUGUCAGUAAGACCGUUUUGAAUGGACUUCCAGCUCGCAUAGAAGAAAGUUACAAGGAACUACAAGCGGUGAACGCAGAAAUCGGGCCCUUCAUAAAGGAUGAGGAUUUACCCGCGGAGUACGAAGCAGUAUUCCGAUAUGAAGAGCAAACUGCUAAUGCGACUGCGGAACUACGAACACGGCUUACUGAUUUUCAGCUUUUGGAACGGCACAUGGCUUCUCCUCAGUCGGAGCCAGUGUCUCCUCGUAUGCCACAGAUCAACCAACAAGUCCAAGCGGGAAUCAAGCUACCUAAGUUGCAGUUGAUGACCUUCGCCGGUGAGCUCACAGAAUGGCGACCAUUUUGGGAGCAGUUCAAGACGGCAGUACAUGAAAACCAGCGGCUGAAUAAGACAGAGAAGUUCCAGUACCUAAACACGUCGUUGAAAGGACGAGCAGCUGAUUCCCUUCGUGGACUGCAAUAA